AUGCCGGCCGAGGAAGACGCCGUCGAGCUCGGCUCGUGCUUCGAGCGGUUCACGAGCGCGGUGUGCGCGUCGUCGGCGUUCGGCGCGGUCGUCGGGUGCGCGCGCGCGGCGUGGGGGGCGGACGCGCCCGCGGUGUUCCGAUCGCGCUCGUUUCCCGCGGUCGCGAAGACCGCGGGCGCGCUCGCGAGCGGCGCGGCGCUGUUCGGCGCCAUCGGAGGCGCGUACGCGAGCGUGACGUGCGCGGCGGAGAGCGCGCGGAACGCGAGGGACGCGUACAACGGCGCGCUGGGGGGGCUGGCGAGCGGCGCGGUGGUGGGGUUGCGCAACGGCAAGGUCGGACACGCGGCGAGCGCGGGGGCGGCGUUCGCGCUCGCGAGCGCGGCGGUGGACGCGUCGGGACGGAAGAUCGCGCGAGGCGACGCGUGGGAAGACAGGGCGACGCCGGAGCGGAUCGCGUAUCCGUAUCGCGAAAGACGCUAG